AUGGAAGACAAGAUAAAGGAUAAAAGUCUAAUAAAUCAUGAAUCCCGGCAGCUACAAAAGGAUACAAGGCAUUCUCAAGUAACAGAUAAAGUAGGAGCUAUUGAUAAUGAUGGAAACCAUGGUAUGGAUGAAAUCCUCAAUAAUGAAGUACCUGAUAAUGUUGUACAUCAACUUAAUGAAUUAUCGGAACAUGAACAUGAUUCAGACAUUGGGGGCCUUCAUCCAAUAGAGCUAACAGCCCAUAGUAUUUUGAAUGCACCAUUAGAUCACCUUAACGAGGACUUUGAACUGUUAAGUCAAUCGCAAUAUAUUCUUUUGACAAGACUUAGGUUGAUAGAAGAUCGGUUGAAGAGCUUCAAGAAAGUGGUAAUAGAUGAUGGCAAUAUGACUUCGGAAAAAGAAAUCACUGAAACCUUCAAUAAGAUACGAGAUUUGAAGAAACGAUUAGUUGUGACGGUCAAAUCUUUGGAUAAAGUGGAAGCACGAGUGGAGAGGAUGAAUAAAAAAUUGCAUAUUGGUGCAAAUGAAUGA